UGUUGUUGCUAUGUAAAUAAACAAUGCUGGCAACUGCAAUACAAUUGCUGACAGUUGGCCUACUGUGGGGCGUUACAAAUCCUUUUAUACGCCUGGGGAGCCAGGGCAUUGAGUCCGUCAAGGACACUGGCUCCAAAUAUCGAAAUUUUCUCGCCGAGAUUCGCAUGAUCGCUUCGCGUCUGCAUUAUUGGAUACCCUUCGGGCUCAAUCAGUGCGGCAGUCUGCUCUACGUGUGGACAUUGCAAACUGCAAACAUUACAAUUGCUGUGCCAGUCGGCAAUUCGCUAAGUUUUGUUUUCACAGCAAUAACUGGAUAUCUUCUCGGCGAGCAACUGCCUGGCAAAAAGAUCAUCAUUGGAACACUGCUCAUUUGUUGCGGCAGCACCCUGAUGAUUUAUGACAAAUUGCUGCAGGAGCAACAGAGCCAGAGUCUGUCAUUCCAUAAAUAAUGUUUGGUGCCAAAUCUGAAAACCUACCCUAUAUUUAAUAAAUUAAAAUUAUUAUGUUGAUUAUACUGCUUAAAA